AUGGGCACACACAAAAGCGUAUUUGUUUUACUCAUUGCGAUUCUGAUAACUGGAAUACAAGGAGCAAGGAUAUUAGCAUACUUCCCUACACCAUCAAUAAGUCAUCAACUGGUUUUUCGACCGCUCACAGAAGCAUUGGCAGCGCGUGGUCAUGAGGUUAUUGUUGUCACUACUGAUCCCGCCUUUCCGAAAGGAAAAGCUCCAACAAAUUUAACAGAAAUCGACGUCCAUGAUAUAUCUUAUGAAAUUUGGAAAGGCCUUUUUAUACAUCAUACAGGAAACAAACGGGAUCUUAUGGUGCAAGUGAAAGCAAUUUUUGAAAAAUGGACAAAUAUUUUUUAUCGCCAAGCACAAACGGUGGAAGUAAAAGAAAUUUUGAAAAAGGAUAAAAACUAUUUCGACUUGUUGCUACUUGAAGCAUGUAAUCGCGUAGUUUUGGGAUUCGCGCAUAAAUUUGAUGCUCCAGUUAUUGGUAUUAGUUCUUUUGGGGGCGUAGCAGCACAAUAUCAUAUAAUGGGAGCUCCUACACAUCCAUUAUUGUAUCCAACAGCUGGAAGGCAGAGACUGUAUAACCUUUCUCUAUUGGAAAAAAGCAUUGAACUGCUAGGGCAUUAUUUACUAGACUUUUUGUUUGCCGACUCUGAAAUAUAUGAUUUUAAAAUAUUGCAAAAAGUUUUUGGAAAGGAUACUCCGAACUUUCCAGAGUUGAGGAAAAAAACCCAGAUGUUAUUUCUAAAUGAACAUCCACUUUGGGCUGACAACCACCCUGUACCUCCAAGUAUUCUUUAUAUUGGUGGAAUACACGCAACUAAGUAUAAGGAAUUACCAACGGAUCUCAAAAACUAUUUAGAUUCUUCGAAACACGGAGUAAUUUAUGUUAGUUUUGGUACUAAUGUGUUACCAUCAUUGCUUCCGCCUGAGAAGAUUAAGGUGAUGACAAAAGUUUUUUCUGAACUACCAUAUGACGUUUUGUGGAAAUAUGAUAAAGAUGUUUUACCAGGACAGUCGAAAAACAUAAAUAUUUCUAGGUGGUUUCCACAAUCGGAUCUCAUUAGACAUCCCAAGAUCAAAUUGUUUAUUACUCAAGGAGGUUUACAAUCAACAGAUGAAGCUAUAGAUGCUGAAGUUCCUAUGAUAGGUAUUCCAAUGUUAUUAGACCAAUGGUAUAAUGUUGAGAAAUAUGUUAACCAUAAUAUUGGUCUACAAUUGGAUAUAACGACUUUGAAUGAACAAAAUUUUAAGGAAUCUAUUGAAAAAAUAAUUCAUGAUGAAAGCUACAAGAAAAACAUUACAAGACUGAAGACAAUAAUGAGAGAUUAUCCAAUAAAACCACUGGAUAAUGCUGUUUGGUGGACAGAACAUAUAAUCAAAUACGGAGGAAAUCACCUUAAAUCACCAGCUGCUAGCAUGUCUUGGUCAGAAUACUAUGAACUUAAACUGGUGCUAAUUAUACUCGUUAUUUUAGUAGCCAUCUUAGGUCUAUUAGGUUGGAUUAUGAAAUUAGUUUUUAAAAUUGCGCCUGAAGAAAAUCCGCUACAUCAUCAAUCAGCUAUGUCAUCAAUUUUUGAAAAACAGUUCCAAUCAGUUGAAAUACAGGCACUGAUUAAUAACAAGGAUAAAAAGUUUGACUUACUAUUUGUCGACCAUUUUAUACGACUAGCUUUGAGCUAUUCCUACUUAUAUAAUGUCCCAGUUAUUUCAUUUAAUUCGUUUGGUCCUUCAUUUGGAACUUUUGAUUCUGUUGAUGCUGAUCUUCAGUCGUACUUAGAUCAAUCUACUAAAGGUAUUAUUUAUAUGAGUUUUGAAAGUAACUUCACAAUGUGUUUUAUUACAUUGGAAGAAAUUAAGCUAUUCACUGACGUUUUCUCUGAACUUCCUUAUAACGUGAUAUUAAAAUGGGACAACGACCUACCAGGAAGUCCUAGCAAUGUCAAAAUCGGAAAAUGGUUCCCCCAGGCGGGAAUUCGUAACCAUAUAAAUGAUCAGCCCCAGACGCCUCUAGAGCUUGCAGUAUGGUGGACUGAUGAAACAGCAAAUAUAUUAGCAGUAUUUCCAACGCCAUCAAUAAGUCAUCAAGUUGUUUUUCGACCGCUGAUGCAUGAACUAGCAAAACGCGGUCAUCAAGUGACAGUGAUUACUCCAGAUCCUGCAUUUUCUAAAGACCAAAUUCCUGCAAAUCUCACAGAAAUAGACGUCCAUGACGUUUCUUAUAAGUUAAUAAAUAAAUAUGUUGUGACAGCUAACGGAGACAAUAAUAACAUAAUACAUCAAGUCGUUACAAUUUUAUCAGUGAUGUUCUCGAUUUUUGAAAAACAAUUAAAAACGGCUGAAGUGCAAAAAUAUAUUAAUGACAAAACCAAAAAAGUUGAUUUAUUAUUUCUCGAACAUUUUGUACGCCCUGUUUUAAGUUAUUCUCAUUUAUACAACGUGCCAGUUAUCGUAUUCAAUUCGUUUGGCCCAACAUAUGAUGUAUUUAAUUCAGUUGAUAGUGUUAAACACCCACUCGUCUAUCCGGCACCGCCUUUGCAAAAGUUUUAUAAUAUAACAACAUUGGAAAGGUUAUAUCAAUGGUAUGUUUAUGGUAUAAUGAUCUAUAAAAUCAACUUCUUUCUUGAGAGGAAAGAAAAUGAACAGCUAAAAAGAAUAUUUGGUCAUAAAAUACCUGAUUUAAGUGAUUUAAGAAAUAAUAUUCAGAUGACAUUUCUUAAUACGCAUAGGAUGUUGGAUAACAAUCGUCCAGUAUCCCCAAAUAUACUGUAUGUAGGUGGAAUACACAAAAACCCUGUACAUGAUUUACCAAAGGAUCUACAAUUGGAUCUAGACGAGUCAAUCCAGGGUGCUAUUUAUAUAAGCUUUGGAAGUAUGAUUCUCACAUCAUUAUUUAAUCUGGAAUUUAUUCAAUUAUUAACUGAUGUUUUUUCUGAUUUACCUUAUAAUGUGUUAUUAAAAUGGGACCAUGAUAUACCAGGAUGCCCUAACAAUGUCAAAAUAAGGAAAUGGUACCCUCAAUCGGAUUUGUUAAGGCACAAAAAUGUCAAAUUAUUUAUAACACAUGGAGGAUAUCAAUCAAUAAGUGAAUCUAUAGAUGCGGCAGUUCCUUUAAUCGGUAUCCCGAUGUCAUUAGAUCAAUGGUAUAACAUCGAAUUGUGCUUAAAGCAUGAGAUAUGCGUCAAACUGGAUUUCAAAACUCUAACGAAGGAAAAGUUAAAAAACGCAAUUGGAACCGUAAUUGGGAAUAAAAGUUAUCGUAUAAAUAUUCUCAAACUUCGAAGACUAAUACAUGAUCAGCCGCAGCCGCCUCUAGAGCGUGCAGUGUGGUGGACGGAGUACGUGCUACGGCAUGGUGGUGCAAAGCAUCUGCGAUCCGCAGCUGCGCAUAUGCAUUGGACGCAAUAUUAUCAACUAAAUAUAAUAUUAUAUUUGCUCCCUCCAACUUUUGUACUAAUUUUAUUAGUU